AUGACUUUUUGGCGGGAACGCGAGAAGUGAAGUUGUGUGAUUUGUUUUAUUUUGUCUAUUUAGUGUUUCUUCAGGUUUAAAUGUGUAAUAAUGGUGGUUUAUUAACUGUUUAAUAUCUGUGAAAGUGCACAAAUGUGGGAAAAUGAAACAAAGCUGCUGGACGUAACUUCUCGGGUUCCUCCAAAAAGUCCACUGAAAAAAUCUCAGUAAAUGACCACCAUUUUACUGCGAUUAUAUUUCAUCCCAUAUCAUUUCAUUUCAUUAAAUUUCAUGCCAGUUGAUUAAUGUCUCAAAUUAAUCAUCUUCAUUUCAUUUCACUCCAUAUUAUCAUUUUUCAUAAAAUUAAGAAUAUAAAGUAAAAUAAUACAUGACUUGAAGGUCUUAGUUACCAGGUCAUAAAAUCCCUUAAAAAAAACUGAUUCCUAAAUAUUCUUUUUUCCUAAAAUUUUAAUGAAAAUAUAUUCAAAUGACCUGAACAAAAUGAACUGCUGUAUAAAACCCUAAAAUUAUAAGAAUUUGUCGUGAAUUGUGGACGUUGUUGACAACAAUUUGUUACUCGAAGCAUAUUGGAUCUUUGUUAUUUAAUCAUUGAAUACCUGCAUCACAGAAAUUAUGAAAAUAAUUUUAUGAACGUUCAACUUUCUGCACUAAAUAUUCGUGAUAUUAUAUAAAAAUAAUAGGAAGGAGAUAGGUAAGUCAUAAAUAUGUUGCCUUCCAUUGCGAUCAAGUGUUUAUAUAGAAGACUGGGAAGACACAGUACAAAACAUUUACAAAAAAUUAGUUUCCUAUCACCUCGAUUUGUUAAAGUUGAAAAUUUUGUGAGGUUUAGAAAUGUACGACAAACGAGGUUUAUUAGUACAUCAGCACAUUUAUAUGAUAAUAAAAGUAACAGUUCAAAAGAUAUAUCAGUCAAAGAUGUAAAAACUCAGAAGAUCAUAAAACAGAGUCCAACUGGAGAUAUCAUUGUUAAAACCGAAACAGGACUAGAUAAAGUAAUUACAAAAGUGACUAUUGAAAAAAGUCAACCACAGCAAACCAAACAGGAGAUGGUAUCUAAGCCCGUAAAAAAAAGACUCCUAAUAGAUUUUUCUGCAUCAUACACUGAGAGAAACUUUAUUACUCCCAUGAGAGCUAUGACUGAAUACCUACUGAAACAAUCAGACCUCGAGUCCUUACCAAAAGUAUUAAGAAGGUCGCCAUAUGAAUCAGAACCUCCAAUAACUGUAUAUUAUCGCAGGGAUGUUGAAGCAAAAGCAAUUGAGAUUUGGGGUUCGAAAGAAGCAUUGGAAAAAGAGUUGCUUAGAAGAGAAUUAGACAGAAGAAGAUAUGAACAAGAUGUUUUUACUGUGAAAAGAAGAUUAAGAGAUUACAGAAGAGAAAUGAGCCAUACUCGCUCAAAAGAUAAUGUGGAAGAAGUAGGAUUAAAAACUAGAUCAGGACGAGUGGUACUUACAGCUAUUGGAAUAAAUGGAUGUAAUUUCUUAUUUAAGCUUUGUGCCUGGUUUUACACAGGCUCACACAGUCUUUUUUCUGAAUGCAUCCAUUCUCUUGCCGAUACUGUGAACCAAUUGAUAUUAGCGUAUGGUAUUCAUAAGUCGGUACAGAUGGCAGAUCCUGACCAUCCAUAUGGUUAUACAAAUAUGCGAUAUGUCUCAUCACUGAUAUCUGGUGUUGGUAUAUUCUGUGUAGGAAGUGGUUUGUCUUUCUAUCACGGAGUUACAGGUAUUUUGGACCCACAACCAUUACAUGAUUUUUAUUGGGCAUAUUUUGUACUGGGAGGCGCUGUGGUAUCAGAAGGUGCCACAUUAAUGGUAGCAUUAAGCGCCAUUAGAAAAGGUGCACGAGAAGCAAAUAUGUCACUUUAUGAAUAUGUAAUGCGAAGCUCGGACCCUUCAGUGAAUGUAGUUUUAUUGGAAGAUACGGCAGCUGUAGCUGGCGUGAUCGUAGCAGCAUCUUGUAUGGCUAUUUCACAAUACACUGGGAAUCCAUUACCUGAUGCCCUAGGCAGCAUAUUAGUCGGUACCAUACUGGGUGGAGUUGCAUCUUUUAUUAUCCUGAGUAAUGUCGGUGCUUUAGUUGGCAGGUCUAUACCCCACGAGCAAUUGGAUGAAAUUAACAGCGUGUUAGAAAGAGACUUUAUGAUAAGAGCUAUUCAUGAUGUGAAGGGUAUAGAUAUAGGCAGUAACUUGAUAAGAUAUAAGGCUGAAGUUGAUUUUGAUGGCAGAGCUCUCACAAGAUCGUAUUUAGAGAAACACGACUUGAAUGCUUUACUAGAGGACAUGAAGAAAAUCGACACGAUCGAUGAUGUAGAAACUUUUUUACUUAAGCAUGGAGAAAAUAUUGUCGAUAUGCUUGGAGGCGAAAUUGAUAGAAUAGAGUUAAAGCUGAGGAAAAAGUUUCCACAAAUUCGGCACUGUGAUUUGGAAAUACUCUAAGGGAAAGUGAAAAUCAAAAAUUUAUUGAAAUAUAGGCUAGUCAAAAUUAUUUAUUAUUUAAUCAGUCUAAAUACAAGCGCUAUUUACUCAAUUGAUAUAUUAUAAAUUUUACCAAAAUUUAGCAUCGAAUCUUUGUCUUUUUAUAAUUAUCCUUUCAUUUUGAAAUCAGUAAAUUAGGUUUCAUAUCUUAAAUUUUAUCCACUGCGUAGGUGUUCUUGUGUUAUUACACCAUCUGUAAUAACAUUGAGCUGAAUAGAUAUUGAGGUUUCAUAUUCUGCCUAGAUUCAAACCUAGGAGACCGUUAGAAACAGCAACAUGUCUCCAAUGACAUUCCAGAGCAGUUUAUUAUUUUUGUUAUAAAUUAUAUCUUGUGACGUCAUUUGUCAGUGCCUUGAUUUUCCAAGUCACAUUAUAUUUCUGUGAUUUAGUUUUGUAAACCCAGACUAACAAUACAUAAAUAAGUAUAUCAAAGUCAUUAAGUCUCUUCUAUUAUGAAAAUAAAUGUUUGAAUUACACGAAA